CGGGGCCGGGGCAUGAGGCUGCGCAUGGAGCCGGGAAACCUCUCCCGGGGCAGCGGCGGCGGCGGCAACGAGAGCGGCGGGGCUGCGGCGGCGGCGGGGCCGGCCGGGUGGUCGGCGGCGGCGCUGGCCUCGCAGGCGGCCGCGCUGCUGCUCAUCUUCGCCCUGUCGGCGCUGGGCAACGGGGCGGUGCUGCUGGUGAUCGCCCGGCACCGGCAGCUCCGCACGGUCACCAACGCCUUCGUGCUGUCGCUGUCGCUGUCGGAGCUGCUGGGCGCCCUGCUCUGCCUGCCCCUGGCCUUCCUCAGCCUGCUCAGCCGCCCGCCCGGCGCUUGGCUCUUCGGGCAGCGCCUGUGCCUGGCCAGCGCCGCCCUGCACGCCGGGCUGGGCAUCGCCGCCACGCUCACCAUGGCCCUGCUCUCCUUCGACCGCUACUGUGCCAUCGUGCGCCAGCCCCGGCACAAGAUGGGCCGCCGCCGCGCUGCCCAGCUGCUGGCGGCUGUCUGGCUGUGCGCCCUGGCGCUGGCCGGGCCCUGGUACGGGCUGGCGGGCGAGGGGCAUCGCGAAGCCCGUCCCGGCGCCUACCGCUGUGUCUACGUGCUGCCCUGGGGCUCCUCGCGGCUGGGGCCGCCCUACGGCGCAGCCCUCAUCGUGCUCUGCUACCUCCUGCCCUUCGCCGUCAUGUGCUUCUGCCACUUCAACAUCUGCCGGGCGGUGCGCCUGGCCGAGAGCCGCGUGCGGCCCCUCACCACCUACGGGCACCUGCUGCGCGCCUACGGGGAGAUGCGCACGGCCACCACUGUCCUCAUCAUGAUCGUCUCCAUCAUCUGCUGCUGGGGGCCCUACUGCAUCCUGGGACUCGCUGCCGCCGCCGGCCACCUGCCCUUCUCACCCACCAUGGACGCCGUGGCCAGUGGGAUGGCCUGGGCCAAUGGGGCCAUCAACCCCCUCAUCUACGCCGCCCGCAACCCCAACAUCUCCGUGCUGCUGCGGCACAGCCGGGAGGGGGGCUACAGGACUCGCAACAACAUGGUCGCCUACCUGUCGGUCCCGGGCCGCCAGCCGGAGCCCCGCAGCCGGGCUGACCGUGUCCGGGAACGCUACAUCAAUCGGCACAGCGGCCCCCCCGGCAGCGCCCUGUCCUCCUCCAGCCCGGCGAGUGGGGGAGAGGUGGCCAUGUGGGCCUGCAAGACUCCUGCUGUGCUCUUCUGUCGGGAUGGGCAGCCGGACACCAUUUCUGAGGCCACCUUGAAGACCAAAGCAGGCACCAUCGACACCAGCCUCUGAAAGGACAGGGGUCCGGGAUGGAGGCAUUGGGCCCUGGGGCUGUCUCCUUGAGGAAAGGCGGGGAGAGUCCCAGUGCUUGAAGCCCUUUGCAACCAGACUACCGGGAAACUGGAGAGAUGGGACUGCGCACGAGCCAUAGAGUGGUUUCUUCUCCAUUGUGUGAGCUCUGGCUUGGUGGCUCAGACUACGAGCAGCGAGAGCUCCACAGGGAAAGGAAGCCUUUUCCUUUCAUCAGGCCUGACGUACUGGUGGCAGCCUCCGAGCCCAGCACACAAGAGCUCGACUGCAAGAACAAAAGUGUUUGCUCCAGUCCUGCAGAAAGUGCCACAGUGAAGCUCAGAGGCCAACAGACCACUGCUGCCCAAACUGACUGACUGACUGUGUGAGCUGUUUGUUAAGUGCCAAAAAAGCUGUUGAAAGCUGAGCACUGGCAGCUGGAAGGCACUCUGAAAAUAUCACACUGUGAAAAAUGCAUCAUGGCAGGAUAAUGUUGCUUUAACCCAUUGUAUGUGGAAGUGCCAAUAGUUAUAAAGUCAUGUAAGACUGUAAGACAGGCUAAAAAAGGGAUCUAUUAAGGUUACUUUUUUUAUUUAAACUCUGAAGCAUAAGAAAACAGUAAUUUUGAAAGGGAAGAUGUAUGAUACUGGGAGGGAGGGAAAGGAAGAUGAAACCUCAGUUGUCAGAAUUUCAGUGGCCUUUUCUGGUUUUUUUGCAGAUUUUUUUUUUAAA